GGUUCAGCACCUGGGCUCUGUCCCACCUGCAGGGCUGGGGUCAGCCGCAGCACACGCGGGCCCUGAGCACUUACACAGGUCUGCAAGGCACGCACGGAUGGACGCCAACGUCCUGAUUUCACGCAGAACCACAGAAUUAAUCAAGUUGGAAAAGCCCUCCCAGCCCAUCCAGUCCAGCCUGUGCCCCAUCCCCAGCCCAGAGCUCCGAGUGCCACCUCCAGGAAUUCCUGGGACACCCCCAGGGACGGGCACUCCAACCCUCCCUGGGCACUUCCAAUCCCUGACCUCCUUUCCAUGGGGAAAUUCCUGCUGCUGCCCACCCUGAGCCUGCCGUGGCCCAGCUGAGGGCUGUGUCCUCUCGAUGUGACUGCCUCCCGUCCCACAGCGUCCGGAGCUCGGGGGCGGCCGUGACCGCGGGCUGCAGCCGCUGCCUGUCCCACGGCUCAGGCCUUUCCUGCCCGUGAGGCUUCAAAGGACACAGAGACAGACCACCCGCUACUGGGGAUCCUUCUGACACAUUCUCCAUACCCGCGGGGAAGGAAGGCGGAGAAGGCGGCGGGAGCCAGCCCCCGGCGGGGCGGGCCCGGCCCGGGGCCGGGCCAUGGCGAGCGGGGCGCGGGGAGCCUGGAGCGAGUGGCCCGUGGAUCGCUUGCUGCGCAGCGGGCGCAUCGCGGCCAGGGACGGGGCCGCCGUGCGCUGGUUCCACGCCGCCAACAGCAGGGCCCGGGCGGCGGAGGCCGCGCGAAGCGAUGUGCACAUGGUGGAGGUGGAUGUUGUCCUUCGGGGAGGGGACGGGGAGCCCAUCCUGGCCCACCCCCCGGACACUGACAGCGACAUCACCCUGCAGGAGUGGCUGGCACAGGUGGUCAGCACCGAUAAAGGCAUCAAGCUGGAUUUUAAGAGCCUGGCCGCCGUGGGACCCUCCCUGGAGCUGCUGGGGCAGGUGGGGCAGCCCCUGGACAGACCCGUGUGGCUGAACGGGGACAUCCUGCCUGGGCCCUGCGGGGGCUGCGCGCCGCUGGACGCCCGCGCCUUCCUGGGCGCUGUCACCUCCUCCUGCCCCGAUGCCACCCUGUCCCUGGGCUGGACCACGGGCUGCCACCGAGGGCAAGGCUACGAGUGGCCCGUGGUGCAGGACAUGUGGCAGCUGUGCCACCCGCUGUCCCAGCCGGUGACGUUCGCGGUCAGGGCUGCGCUGGUGCCCGGCUCCAUCCCGCAGCUGCAGUGGCUGCUCCAGCAGAGCCACAGAUACAGCCUCACUGUUUGGACAGGAAAAGAAGAUGUGUAUUCCGUAGAAGACUUGCUUCUCAUCCGAGAAAAUUUUGAUAAAAGUAGGGUUUAUUAUGACAUUUUUGAGCCACAAAAUUCUGAAUUCAAAAAAGCCAUUGGGAUAGAACGGUAAAUGCAGAGCAGGCAAUGCCUGACCCUAUAGUGCUUUUCAUUGUAAACCCCUUCAAAUGUGAGGAUUUUGUUACUCAAAGAAAUGCACUUUCCUUGCCAGAAGGACCGUGUUGAGCACGCCUGUGGUUACUGCAGGAGGUUUUGUUUGGCACUGUGUAGAGAGGCCUCUCAAACAGAAAUGUAGUGCCUUCCUCAUUGUCCCCUGCUCGCAGCGUGGGACCCGUGGUGCCACUCUCCAGGAGGGGACAGUGGCUGCUUGGACUGCGCUGGCACUGCCAGCUGCUCUGCCCGUGGUCACCCUGCCCGUGGUCACCCUGCCCGUGGUCACCGUGUCCCUGGUCACUGUGUCCGUGGUCACCCUGCCCGUGGUCACUCUGCCCGUGGUCAGUGUGUCCAGGCAGUGCCGGAGCCGUGCCGUGGCCGGUGAGCAGCCCUGGCUGGUGCCACGAGCUGGGCUCAGUGUGGCCACAGUGACAGUGUUGUCCUCAGCAGGCCUGUCCCCAGCAGGGCUGUCCCCACACCUGGCUGUCCCCACACCUGGCUGUCCCCACACCUGGCUGUCCCCACCCUGGGCUGUCCCAGACCCGCAGGGCCGUUCCCCCAUGGCUCCCUCGGGCCCGGUGGGUGCAGCCCUGCAGCUCUCAGAAUUCUCCACAGUGGGAGUUUUCCUGAGAUAGAAGCUAAAUCCCUGCUAACCACCUGCAGGAAGAGCCUGACCUGGUUCGUUGAAACCAUUUAUUCCUCUUUUGCUGCUGCAGUUCCCCAAAAUUCACAGACUGAGACACCGGCCCUGCGGGAUUGGCUUCUGCCAAACACCAGAAAUUAUACCAGAAAAACCAAAGGUUUCUUCCACAAUCACAGAGGACACUUUAGCUUCUGAAUAAAAGCUAAUGCCCUGAGAAGCAUUACUUUAUCAGCUUCUUGUCCUCCUUUUCCCGUUCCUCUCACUUGGUCCCUGUGGGAAUUAACUCAUCUGUUAACCUAACAGAUACUGUACACAACAUUUUACAGGCUGUUAGUACUAAAGUAAAUUACAGUUAUUUUUGGUUCCACCAUGGCAUUGGUACAGCUGUGACAGAAAAGUUAGUUACAUUUCUUAAUCCUAAAUCUUGAAUUAUGCUGAUUUCACAUUAAAAUUCAAGACUCCAUUUUGUUACCUACAACUCCUUCAAGAGAUUUAUGUAAUAGCUGUUUUUUGUUAUUGAGGGGUAGAGCUUUUUUUGUUUUGGGCAUCUACUAAGGUGUGCUUGGCUAAAAUUAGGAGCACAUUUUUCCACAUAAGGAAGAAAACUACUGGAUUAUAUUUGGGAUAGCUAAACAGAGUACUUGAUUUAAUUUAAUCACUCACAAAGUGAGUGGCAGUAACCACUCAAGGGUCAGGCUUGGCUAUGUGAUUUCUGCAGUGAGUUUGGAGAAGCUAUUAAUUUUUCACUUGUGGUUUGUUGCUGGCAGUUGCAUUCAUUUGUAUGAUUUAAUCUCUCAGUGGGACCACACACUCUUUGGGACCACAGGGACACAUUUUUCUGCUGUUUAGAAAUCUUCCCACUGACCAGUUCCCACCCGAAGUACUGGGAUUUAUUAAAACUCGUUAAACUAUUAAGUAAAAAACGUCAGCAAUUGCCAGCAGUAUUUUUAAGGAAGAAGUAUAUCUGAGCAAUAUCUGUGGAUGUCAGUAACAGAUAAUCAGAUAAAAUUAAAGAAGACAUCAUCUGGAUUACCAGGAAAUGACUGUGCGGUGAAUUUGAUUAUUCUCUAUGGGUUAUUCUGUAUAUAUGAAUUUCUGUAAGUAAUUUUACCUGUGUAUCUUUGCUAGUCCCCUGUGAAGUUGUUUAUGUCAGUCUAGUCUGACUUGCACAUAAAUAAAUUAAUUUGAUUUUG